UCCGGGAGGGAGAGCGAGCCGUUAGGCCUCGGGCGGAGCGCGACGCCCUGACGAGGACUGUCCCGUGUCCGGUAAAUAGAAGCUAAGCGAACUUCAACCCACCGACCCCCUGUGAGCUUUUUCAGGAUGACUGACACCCCCGAUGCCCUCUCCAAUUACGAGGAGAUGUUUGCCAACCGGUUCUCCGAAGAAGAUACAGAGUAUCAAGAAUACUUGAAACGCCCAGCGGAAUCGCCUCCUAUAAUUGAAGAGUGGAACAGCAGAGCCGGCGGGAACCAAAGGCCCAGAGGCAACCGGUUGCCGGAAAACCGACCGUUCCGCGGUCGGGACAACAGGCGCGGCUGGGCCAGUGACAAUCGACCGAACCAGUGGCAGGGCAGGCCCUGGGGCAACAACUACCAGCAGCACCACAGGCAGGAACCCUACUACCACCCCCACCCCCACCCCCAUCCCCACCCCCACCCCCACCCCCACCAGUACGGCCACUACGGCUACAACCAGCGGCACCCCUACGGCUACUACUAACACCGCCGGCCGCCCAGCGUCUCCUCCGCCGCGGCAAAGCUUGUGGGCGUCUUCUGUUGGUUUUUCCUGUUCUGUACAUAGUCUUGGUUGGGGGUGGGGGGUGGGCAGCUCAACCCGGGGUGGCCGGGACAGGUGCGAGGGGGCGGGGAACACGUCCGGCGGCCGGACCGGACCGUCCAACCUCCCCCUCCGGGCCAUCGCCGUCGGGCAACUCCCCACGGGGGCUUUUACCUUUUGGGGGAGGGUUUGUUUUCUUUCCACAUCCACUUCGUCACCAGGUGCGAGUCACAGGCGGCCGCGACCGGGUAGGAACCGGGGGAGAGGGUCGGCUCUCCCCCCACCGCCCCUCAGAUUUGGGGCGGCGGUGAUUUUCUCACAUUUCAGCGGGUUUCCGCAGCCAUCCCGUCCGACGUUUAACCCGGGUAGCCACAGGUAAUCCGGACCUACCGCCCUCCGCUCGGUUCCGGCUCCGGAAACGGUAGCUCCUGCUGCCUGCCGACAUUCCACCUUCCCAAGAAUCAAUUAGGGCUAGCCAGGAUGAAGAUGUGAAAUCCGGAUGCUGGGUUGUUUAGUGAUGGAGAUUUAAGUGUUUCUUCGUGGGUUCUGAUCUGUUUCUUUGGCAUAGGACAUGGAGGGUCUGGGGGCAUUUUCUUCUAAGAACACAAGACUUCCUGCUAACUUCAAAAUGACAAAAGCCUGCUACAGAGGGGAUCAAAGUUAGAUGUAAUGCCGUACAAGUUCUAUCUCAGCCUCUGUUGUAUGUUCUGACCUUCUUCCUUCUAGUAUGUAAAAUUUAAUUCAGUAUUUUGGCUUGUCCUCUAUUUUUGUAGCGAUGAUAACUUAGAUCUAUUUUACGUUACUCAUUUUAUUCAUCUACCCAGUAGCAUAGACUGUUCUCUUUCAAUAAACACAGUAGUCGCAC